CCCAACUACACUCUUCGAGCAGACAGUGUGUUUGGAUACGACAAUGACGACUGGCUGCACACCCCUCUGCUGCCACAGGAAGUCGUUCUGGGACUCACGUAUGAGCAGAUUGAAGAGACGUUUAAGUACUUCUGCCAGCAGAAUGAUGCCAGAGACACAACUGGUGUGUCACAGCACAGCAAACACCCAGUAGGAUCAGAAGAACGAGGGAUUUAACCGAUGUACGGAGAGACGGAGGGCAGUUUUUCUCUGGUUGCUAUGGAGGUGUGGAGCUCCUCUGCAUCUGAGGAGGAGGAUGAAGAGAAGAGCACAACCAGUCUUGUAGAGGAAGUAGUAGAGGUGGAGGAGAUAGGCACCAACUGCAAUAACAAUAACAACAACAACAAGGAUAGCCUUUGCAGGGAGGUGACACAAGUGCUGUGCUCAGACAGAGUGGGCCAGAUCACCAAGACGUAUCAUGACAUUAAAGCAGUCACCCACCUGCUGGAGGAGAAAGAGCGGGAUCUCGAGUUAGCAGCGCGAAUCGGUCAAUCCCUCCUGAAGCAGAACCAGGAACUAACCGCACGCAAUGAAAUGCUGGAUGAACAGCUUGAAAUUGCAAAGGAAGAGAUCGCUCAACUUCGCCAUGAGCUCUCGAUGCGAGACGACCUCCUUCAGUUCUAUGCAAGCACUGAGGAAAUAGAGAACGCUGAAUCGCACUCACUAAUAAAAAGGAACGAGUCCAGCAGUUCGCUCAGCAACUUCGUCCACUAUGACUUCCUCCACCAGAAACUGAAGGGUUUAGAGGACGAGAACCGCAAACUGAGAUUAGAGGCCAAUGAGCUCACAACGGAGACAACCAACUACGAGGAGCAAGAACAGGAGCUGAUGAUGGUGUGUGUGGAAGAACUCACAUCUGUCAAUAAGCAGGUGGUCGACCUGUCAGAUGAGCUAGCGCGGAAGGUGGAGGACACUCUCCGACAACAGGAGGAGAUCAGCUCACUGCUCGCUCAGAUUGUUGACCUGCAGGCCCGUUGCAAAGGGCUCACACAUGAGAACGAGGAGCUGAACCAAAACCUGAGUGCCUCCCGUGAGAGCCAGCUAAAACUUAAAUCAGAGCUCAAGGACCUGCAGGACAAAUACUCAGAGUGUGAGGACAUGCUCCAUGAGGCCCGAGAGGACAUUAAGAACCUGCGCAAUAAGAGCCUACCCAACAGCACGGUGCAGCGGUACACUGCACUGGCCUCUGUCCUCCCCAUGGACUCACUGGCAGCUGAGAUAGAGGGCACCUUCCGCAAAGGCCUGGACACCCCGGCUACCCCAGAGUACAAGAACCACCCUUGGCGUGUGUUUGAAACCGUAAAGGUGGUGAACAAGGCCGUGAGGCUGCGGUCUCAGUGUCACUCCCCGGGGCUGCCAGGCUCCAGCCCGGUGUCCGUUCGCUCCAGUUGUACCAGCACCCCCCGAACCAGCUACUAUGGCUCAGAUAAUGCCAGCUUUACACUGGAGGACAAACCCAGCUCCAAUAAUGCUCAGAAAGAAGACAACAGUGUUAGUGGUCCAAAGCGUCUGGGCCAGCCAGGCACACCAGGAGGCCAGGACCUCGAAGCCGCCUUGCGCAGCCUUUCAGCCCGGCAGCAGAACCACUCCUCUGAGCGGCCUUUCUUUGAUGUAGAGCGUGAGCGUAAACUCCAUGCCUUGGCAGCAAACUGCGAGGAGGGCGAGGGCUCCAGUGGCUUCCUAACGCCAAAUGACAGCCUGGCCUCCAGCCCAGCGGCAUCGACUGGCACUAACUACUCCAAUGGCAGCUCACGGCAUUCCUGUGGCUCCUCAGGAGGAUCCAGGUCCUACCUGCCCGACCGGCUACAGAUCGUCAAACCUUUGGAAGGCUCAGUGACUCUGCACCAGUGGCAGCAGUUGGCCAAACCAAACCUUGGAGGCAUCCUGCAUCCGCGCCCGGGAGUCCUGACUAAAGACUUCAGGGAGCUUGAGGUCGACAUUCAGCACGUCUACAGCCUGAACGACCUGGAGGAGGAUGAACCUGACCUGUCGCAGUUCUCUGGAGCACAUGGCAUGGCCUCUCCAUCCGGUCCCAACCUCCCUCAGACCUCUCCCACACAUACCAUUACCACCUGCCAAGUCCUCCAACCCUCCCUUCUCACUCCCUCCUUCUCCACUAGCGUUCGCUCUUUCGGCCUGCCAUCUUGUCGGAACAGUGAGCUCAUGAGAACUUCAUCGCCGUCCCACCAGCAACACUUUGGCCUGGGAGGCCGGACCACCACCACCACUACUGUAACCACUUCUUCGCUGGGACUCGUGCAGCUGCUGCAUGAGCGUGGCAUCUCAGCCUCUCCUUGUCCCCACCACAACCUGCGCUAUAGCCAGAGUACAAACCCCUCACGCUCCACAGCAAAAAACAAACAUGGAGGCUCAUCAUCGGACAAAGAGGGAAGAGGGAACAUUUUCAGCUUGAAUCUGGUGAAGAAGCUUCAGACUCUGGGACUGCACAGUGUGGCAGCCUGGGGAAUGACGGGCCGCAAUGGCAAAGAGAGAGAAGCAGUCAGACGUCAUGUAAAAGUUUGAUGAGUGCUGUUCAUCACUUAACUCCACUCUCAUUCACCGUAGUGACUUCGCAUCCAGCCAUGUGAUUCCCUCUGUGCUGUUCAGGGCCCACGUCUCUGGUGUCUUGAAAACUAAAGCCACAGAUUGUGCUACAGCCAUACUUUAAGUUUUCAGUAAUGUACAGUAAUAUUCUUUUCUAUGAAUAUGUGUACAGUAGUUGUGUUUAUGUAUGUGUGAAAUCUUCAUCUCAGGACAACCACCUGAUCACCAGUGUGUUUGACUGCAACCUGCAGAAAUAGCUUCUUUUUACACACACACACACACACACACACACACACACACACACACACACACACACACACACACACACACACACACACACACACAAAAAAGAAACAUCAUGAAGAUUUUUUUUAUAUACUUUCUUUAUUGUGACUGGCAUUUUACAUUUUUACACAGCCACUGGUUUUAAAAAAAAACCCUCAUCACCUGUCUAUUUUUUUUAGUUUCCAAGGUGGAACAUCACUUAUGUGUAUAUAACAAAGUUGUCAUUUGGCAAAGUUAAAAAAAAACCCACAAACCAAACCAAUGCUGUCACACUGAAGAACUUUCAAAUGCACUAACAUACGCUCUGGUCUUCCUGCUUUCUAGCUGCUAAAUUUAGAAAAGCAUGUUGUAUAUAAGAUUGUCAAAUAUACUGAAUUAAACACUCUCCCCAGUUUCAUACAUUUCAUCACCUGCUUUCACAUAGCACAUGUUGUUAUUUCUGCGUACAGUACAGUAUCACCUGUGAGAUGUUGGAAUUUAUAACAUUGUGGACUUUAUCCUGAGCCAGACCUCACCAAAAACAAAUCAGGUUUGCCAUGCUGCAUCAAAGACAGAGAAUGGGAGUUUUUAGAAGCAAUAUGUGUAUUUGCUGUGUUGCGUUGACUGAAAAUCUUCUGCUGUAUUUCAUGUCGUCAGGACUUCUUAAAUCACUGGGAUAUAAAUGAAAUGAAAAUAGUUCAGGGCAUUCAAAGUGAAUUCUUCAGGACGUUAAGGGGAAUCAUUAUUUAAAGAUGAAUAGAAGAGUGGUAAUUGUUUAAACAGCAUGUUUCUUUGAAAUCUUUCUAAACAAACAACUGUAGUAAAAAGGCAUAGGAUACUGUGGAUUAAAAAGGGAAGAAAUCCAAAUCACAGGUUGUAAUAAUUUGUGUUCUGACCUAAAUCAACCAAACUGCUGUUUCUCUGCACUACUGUUCGCUCUGUUCUGUGUUUGCAUCACAGCUGUACAUGUGUGUGUAAAAUGUACCACCUGUGAAUAAAACCUUGCAUUUCCAUCCA